UAUAAAUCGAAAAUCCCCCAAUCCUUCAUCCUCCUCUCCCCAAUCUCUCUAAAACCCUAGACUCUCACUUUCAACUCAAACCAGACAACAACCUUAAAAACCACAUCUACUCUUGUCUUUUUUUAUUACCAGAGAAGAAAAUCAUUUAAAACUUAUUUUUUCUUUCGAUUUUGCUUCUUUUUUUUUUCUUCCCUCUUUGGAGCGAAUCGAUUUCAGCAAACCAUCACAAUAAUGUCGAGUUCCGGAGGAGUCUCAAUCGCACGCACAGCGAUCCGCGGCGAGAAUCGUUUCUACAACCCUCCUCCUAUGCGUAGGAUGCAGCAAGAGGCGCAAUUGCAGAAACAGUUGAGAGAGAAGCAGCAGCAACGAGAUGGAGAAGAAGAAGUUGAUAAGGAGCCUAAGGCGAUGCCUCCGCCACGUGCCAGGAAAAGUAGUCAUGGGAAGAGCAAGAAUCGGGUUGUUUCCGCCGGGUCUGAAGUAUCUGUUGGCUCAUCUGAAUCUUCCGGGUCGGGUCGGGUUCAGAGAGAAGAGUCAAACUUGGAUCGGUUCUUGGAACAUACCACUCCUCUUGUCCCUGCUCGGUUUCUUCCCAUGAGGAGCAGAAGGGAAGUUAAAACUAGUGAAUCUGAGAGCAAUUCAUAUUUUGUUCUUGAGGAUCUGUGGGAGUCGUUUGCAGAAUGGAGUGCUUACGGUGCUGGUGUCCCUCUCCAUAUGGAUGGGAGUGACUCCACCGUGCAGUAUUAUGUGCCUUUCUUAUCUGGGAUUCAGUUGUAUGUAUUAGACCCAUCAAAGAAAGCCAGGAAUAUAGUUGAAGAUAGUGAAGGAAGCAGUAACAUUAGGGUUGUUAAGUUAGUUAAUAAUGGUAAGACUCUGCCGAGUGAAGUGGACUUAGGUGUCAGUGAACUUAGUAGUGUUAGUCUGGGAGAUCAAUCUGUUGCUGGUUCUUUGUCUAGUGGAGAGACUAAUCCUCAAGGACGGUUACUAUUUGAAUACUUGGAGUAUGAACCUCCCUUUGGCCGUGAACCUUUGGCUAACAAAGUGUCUGAUCUGGCGUCAAGAUUUCCUGAGCUAUUGACAUACAGGAGCUGUGACCUUUCUCCAUCAAGUUGGGUCUCUGUGUCAUGGUAUCCUAUAUACAGAAUACCUGUUGGUGCAACACUACAAAACCUUGAUGCCUGUUUUCUAACUUUCCACUCUCUCUCAACACCACUUCCUCCUCAAAAAGCAGGUGCUUUGGAACAACCAGUAAAGCUACCGUUGCCUACUUUUGGACUCGCAUCUUAUAAGCUCAAAGUAUCUGUGUGGAACCAAAACAGAGCUCAAGAGUGCCAAAAGCUAUCUUCUCUUGAACAAGCUGCAGACAAAUGGCUUAAGUGUCUGCAAGUGAAUCAUCCAGACUACAAAUUCUUUACCUCUAACAUCCCACCACCACAAACGAGGUGAAAGGUGAAAGUGAAAGAUGGUUUGGCUCUGGUCUGAUUCAAAGACCCAUUUAUCUGCUACUCUACUACACAUAUAAACUCUCUGCUUACACCAAAGUAAACCAAGUGUAUUGGGUAAAGACUCUUGCGUGUUUUUCAGGCGAUUUAAGAGUCUGCUGUUUCAUUACAGAAGAUGUUUUGUGAAUUGUAGCCUAAUCUUCCCUUGUUUUUCUUCUGCCGAAACUAGUCUUUUGCUUUUUCCAUAUAUAGUGAUGAAAUUUGAUUGCUGAACUGAAACACAGUUUGGGUUAUAUAUCAAUUUGUAAGAGGUUUCUAGCUUUGAGUCUUUGACCAAUCCGAUACAGUAAAACGUGC